AUGGAGUACAGACACCGGAACAGUGGGCUAGGGUUGUUCCAGUACCGCAUUCAGUAUUACCGAGACUACGACGAGGGUACGCUGCAACCGGCGGACGACAGUUGCAUAUAUUUAAAGGAGCUAGAUCACUAUCGAACCAAAGCCAAAAUACCAUCGGAUCACGCACAGUGCAACCGGAAGCUGCCGCUAUGUUAUCCGGUCACCAACACGCAAAACUCGAAGAUCGAAAAGCUAGAACAACCAGUGCCAACCGAUGCCAGCAAGAGUCCUUCCCACGAGAGGGCAGAGAUGACUGUUAGCGCACUUCCCGGAUCAGUGAAACUGGAAGGAUGGGGCCCAGAGAAAAAGGUCGUCAUCGAGAAAACGGAAAAAUCGUCCUUCGGGUUUAGUAUCGUUGGAGGGAAGGUCAAUGUGGGUGGUGAUGUUACGUCGGGGUUGUUUAUCAAAAGUAUCAUCCCGAAUAGUCCCGCAGAUAAGUGCGCUGAACUGAAGAUCGGAGAUCGAAUACUAGCUGUAAACGAGAACAGUUUGGAGAAUGCUUCGCACGAGAAAGCCGUCAAUUACAUUAAAACUGCCAACGAUCGUAUCGUCCUAGUCGUUCAGAGUUUAGAACGCAACGUAAGAGAAACCAAUCCAAUGGUGCUCCAGAAGAAAGUUCCACCACCAGUAACUCCGUCGAAAACGCCCGAAGUGGAGUAUAUACAAGAUGGCAAACCAAAGAAAGAAACUGUCGCAAUACCGGAUGAUAACAAGACACUCGCGGUUCCGAAAGCACGCCAGGAGUCUACCGAUUCAGAAAAUUCAUCCGACGAUGAAGAAGAUAGCCGCGAGUUGGAAGGUAAAACAUUCACAAAAGCCGGCGUUGAGAUCGAUCGUGCCUCUGCCGGGAACACGAAGCUUGCUGAAGAAGAUCCCGAGGAAGAGGAUGACUACGGCUAUACGAUGAAGAAGAUAAAGAAGCGUUACUCCGCCCUGGGCGAAGUGGACUGCUGUAUGAUUUUGCGUGACAGCAAUGAAACAUGUGGUCUGUCUCUGUGCGGUCACCGGGACCGUACCCGCAUGGCUUGUCUUAUUGCUGGCAUCAAUCCGAAGGGAGCAGCAGCCGGAACAUCUCUUGUUGUCGGGGAUGAAGUGUUGGAGGUCAACGGAACCGUUCUACACGGACGAUGUCAUCUGAACUGUUCGGUGAUCAUAAAAAAUCUUGCCAGCCCAACACUGAAGUUUAUUGUGCUAAGAAAAAAGACAUCCCCGGAAGAUCUGGCAGUGAAACCGGUGAAACAAUUCCCAACCGACUUCGACUAUACCGAUAAUAUCAUGGAGAAAUUUAAGGACGUUAAAACAAUCACUGUGAAAAAGGGAACUUCCAGCUUGGGCAUUAUGAUCAUCGAAGGUAAACACUCUAUCGCCGGCCAAGGUAUAUUCAUAUCUGAUAUUCAAGAGGGAUCCACGGCGGAAAAGAGUGGUCUGAAGAUUGGUGAUAUGCUGCUGGCGGUCAAUCGGGACUCGCUCCUAGGCUGCAACUACGAAACGGCAGCCGGGUUGUUGAAGAAAGCGGAAGGUGUCAUCACGCUAAAGAUAUGCAAUCCGAACAAGGAGAAGGAAUCCGAUAAAAAGGCCAACGGUGAGGCUGGAGCAGGACCGGGAGCGACACCAAACAAGAAAAAACCGGAAGAGAUGGCCACCUUGGCCGCUAGCCGUGCGGGUACACCGCAUGGCACCAAACCGGAAGCAUCGCCAACGAAAGAGGUCGUUGAUCCGCUGAAGGCGCCGAUCAAUGAGAACGAAUUUACGGUGAUCGAUAUCCUGACCGAGGGUAAACCGUUGGGCAUCGUAGUAGCCGGUGGCUGUGAUUCGUUGGUGAAGUCUGGAGCUGCCGUAAUGGACAUCUUGCCCCAAAGUGUGGUGGAGAAGGAUAAUCGAUUGCAGUUAUUUGACCAGAUAGUGGAAAUCAAUGGGUUUAAGGUCAACAAUAGUUGCACCAGCGAGACGAUCAAGCGUGCCGUUAAACAAUUACAUCCAAAGGUUCGUUUGGUCGUUUACCGUUCCAAUCCACCACCGACGGAAACUGUUGAGGUGGAUCUGAUGAAAAAACCAGGCAAAAACCUUGGACUCACUUUCCGCGCCGGCAAUCCGAAAGGAAUCGUCAUCACUGGCUUGGUACCUGGCGGAUCAGCUGAAUUCGAUGGCCGCAUACAGGUGGGAGAUGUAGUGUCGCAUAUCAACGGCGACAGCCUGGAGGCGGGCGGUAUCGAACAGUGUGCCUCACUGGUGAAAACUGCCCAGGGCAAGGUGGGUCUGCGCAUUUUGCGACCGAAGCUAAAGGAACGAUCUGUUUAAGUCUUCUACAACCGUAACGACAUGGCA